AUGUCAGAGACUUUGAUCGGUGAAGUGUACACCCUUGGCCCCGAAAUAGGCAAGGGCUCCUUUGCCACCGUCUACAAGUGCUUCGACACACGCACCAACCGGGCCGUGGCCAUCAAAAGCGUAGUUCGGUCGAAGCUCAAGUCCAAGAAACUCAUCGAGAACUUGGAAAUCGAAAUCUCCAUCCUCAAGUCCAUGAAGCAUCCCCAUAUUGUCGGUUUGCUCGACUACUCCCAGACCUCCACCCACUUCCAUCUAGUCAUAGAUUACUGUUCCAUGGGAGACUUGUCGUAUUUCAUCCGCCGGCGGGACCAGUUGAUGAAAACGCAUCCGGUCAUCCUGUCCCUACUUGAGCGCUACCCCUCGCCUGAGGGUUCCCAUGGUUUGAAUAACACAUUGGUGGUCCAUUUCUUGAAGCAGUUGGCGUCCGCUCUACAGUUCUUGCGCUCCAAAAGCUUGGUGCAUCGAGACAUCAAGCCGCAAAACUUGCUUCUCUGUCCUCCGGUGCACUCCAGACAGGAGUUCAUCGACGGGCACUACGUGGGUUUGUGGGAAUUGCCCAUUUUGAAAAUUGCUGACUUUGGCUUUGCGCGCUUCUUGCCAUCCACCUCCAUGGCUGAGACCUUAUGUGGCCUGCCGUUGUACAUGGCUCCCGAGAUCUUGCGCUACGAAAAGUACAAUGCCAAGGCAGAUCUCUGGUCCGUGGGCGCGGUUUUGUAUGAAAUGACCGUAGGCAAGCCUCCGUUCCGUGCCGCUAAUCAUAUAGAGUUGUUGAAGAAUAUUGAGAAGGCUCAAGACCGUAUCAAAUUCCCUUCGUCAGCUCAGGUCUCGGACCCCUUGAAGGCCUUGAUACGCCUGUUGUUGAGAUACAGCCCCACUGAAAGAAUCUCUUUCUCAGACUUCUUCGGUGACUCGCUUCUCGUAGAGGAAUUGCAAAGUAAUGAUACGCCUCUAGAGACCUCCAACAUGGAUGAGAACUUGUUCAUCAGUGAGUAUAUUUCACCAAUUAAGCCAUCGGAUCGUGCAAAGCUCAUGAGCCCAGUCGCCCCAAUGGUGCCUGCUGAAACUCUUACUUCUGAUGAGCCCUCUAAAGCUCCCGUUGCAGAGCGUAGUGACCAUUCAUCCACCGGUGCUACGCCUCACGUUGAUAUUCACGCCACCUCUCUGACUUCAAGAGACGACCAAAUCAAGCUGAUAAUAGACAGAAACAGCCCUGAUCCUGCCAAUAUUUCCGUCCAUUCUAUUCAGCCGAAGUACACUGGUGGUGAUUCGAAGCAAGCCUCCCUGGGCAAGAAUCGUGACGAUAUAAUCUUGGAAAGGGAUUAUGUCGUUGUCGAGAAACGCGCGGUGGAAGUCAAUGCAAUAGCUGACGAGCUUGCUCGCGUUGGAAAUGGAGCUUUCAACCGUAGGCGUCUGAGCGGCGCUAGUAGCGAGCGAGAUGCUCUUAUUUCUCGCAGAAAUUCACAAAGAUCGAAUUCAGCGGACAGUACCAGCAUCCCAACAUUUGCAGGUGAUAGACGUGUCUCAAUCUCAAUUUCUCCUACGAAUGCUUUGGGCAAAGCCAUAACUUUGGCCUCAAAUCGUCUCUUCGGAAGUGGCAAUACUGCUCCUGUGAUACCAGAGGAGGGAAACUCGCAACUCGAUUCGGACAGACAUUUGAAGUACCCCGGCAGCAACUAUUUCGAUCCAAAUUUCGAAAACAACUUGUUGCUCAACAAGUGGAAUUUGCCUGUUCCUGCCACCCUCUCUGAGUCUCCGCUGCAGACGUCCAGUAAUGAGGAUGCGUUAAUGAAGGAUGACGAGAGAAUUCUCAGAGAAUUGGAAUCUAUCGCAACAAAAGCCCAUGCGGUCAAUCUCUUUGCAGAUGUGAAGUUCAGUCAAUUGAUUCCUUCGCCUCCAUCAUCUGAUGCCAAUGAGGAAUUCUUGCAGAACACAGACUUGUUGCCACCAAAAAUGGUGAAGACUAUCAGCGAGGAAGGAGUGGUUUUGUAUGUCAAGACUUUGUCUUUGUUUGCAAAGGGUAUGAAGCUUGCCAGCGAUUGGUGGAGCUUGCAUUACGAUAAAGACGAGAUUUCGGGUGAGCAAAAUCUCGUCAGAUCAUUGAACAUGCAGACUUCGAUGAAAAUCAAUGAACUUGUUCAGUGGAUUCGUGAGAAAUUCAACGAAUGUUUGGAAAAGGCUGAGUUUAUCAAGCUUCGCUUGGAGGAGGCAACCCUCAGCAUUUCCAAGUCAGGACCUUAUCAUGAUUCGUCUUCGUACAAAGAAAGUAAGGUUUAUGUGGGCGCUUCAACAUCCGCAUCCAACGCCAAUGGUGGUCGUGGAGUGAUCGUUGCAGAAAAGUUGAUCUUUGAUCGUGCAUUGGAGAUCUCCCGAACUGCUGCUGUGAACGAGCUUGUCAAGGAGGAUCUCAAGGGCUGCGAGCUCGCUUACAGUACGGCGAUUUGGAUGUUGGAAGCACUUUUGGACGUAGAAGGUACCGAGGACGGUAAGCUUGAUGGCGAGGAUAAAGUUACGGUGGAAAAAUUUAUUCUCGGUAUCGGCAAUCGGUUGUCCGUUCUCAAGCGGAAGCUUGACUUAAUGUGA